CAUUUUAUAAGAAGACGCAACUGAAAUGCGUAGCGAUUACGUCAAAAGUAAAAUGAAAAUAAAUAGGAGACUCCAAACCGAAUACUUACUAAAUAACAUUAUUGAUAAAGAGUUCCAGUCCAUGCUGUUUCCUAUGAGCUUUGUGCCGUUUCUCUUCUUAAUGUCUCAUUUUAUUGUCAUUAAUAAUUUUAUCACUCCCGAAAGCCGUGUGUCGUCCUAUAUCAAAUCUUUUAUCGGUUCUAUUAUUCUGGUGUUAAGUCACGUCUUUCGUUUUUAUUAUUAUACCGAAGCUUUUAAAAGUUUUACCAGUGACGUUGUUGUUUUUCUUUUAUAUUUCGAUUUGAUAUUUUUUUCUAUAAUAUCAAUUUUGAACCACAUUAUCAGUUCAUCACAGAGAUCUAACGCCGUUGAGCUUAUUAUUAAAUUGCAACAUGUGCUCAAUUCUAUUAAAAUUGACAAAGUAGAAUUCCUUUCUAAGCACAAGAACCGAAAUUGGUACACCGUGUUGAUGGUUUUUAGUGUCUACGUUUUUCAUUGGGUUUUUGGUAGUCGACAUAUUACAUUUCUUAAUCUAGUAAUAUUUAUAUUAAUUUAUUCAGAUAUGCGCAAGACUUGCAAGAACGUGCUGCGGCUGAACCGCGCGUCGCUGCGCAAGAUGUCGGCGUUCGGCGUGUUCGAACUCGACGCAACGUUCCCGCUGCGGCUGCUCAACGUGCUCGUCACUUACUGCGUCGUGUUACUGCAGUUCGCCUUCUUGUCGUCUUAG